UACCUGCAUCUGCUCGUGCCCAUCCAUCUCAUCUCUUCUUAUUUCAACCUCUCUCUCCCACUUCCUCUUCUGCUCCUUCUUCCCCCUCCUUCCAUCCAGAUCCUUUCCAGAUACCAGACCUCAUCCCGUAUAUACCCCGAUAUAUACAUACCACCAGCCAUUCCCAGUCCACCGAAGCACAACAGUAAUCAUGAACAACGGCACAAGUGAACACUCGGCGGAGGUCAAGACCGACAUCAUCACCCUGACCCGGUUCUUGACGGAGCAGGAGCAUCAGCUUGCUACCCAUGCCACUGGAGACUUCACAUUGCUCUGCCAUGCCCUCCAGUUCUCCUUCAAGAGUAUUGCGUACUACAUCCGUCGUGCAACUCUGACCAACCUCAUCGGCCUCGCGGGCUCCUCCAACAUUACCGGCGACGACCAGAAGAAGCUAGACGUAAUCGGCAACGACAUCUUCGUGAACGUGAUGCGCGGGUGCGGCAAAGUGAAGAUCCUGGUUUCCGAGGAGGAGGAGGAAGCGAUCAUCUUCCCCGGCAACGGGAAAUACGCGGUAGUCUGCGACCCUAUUGACGGAUCGUCCAACCUUGACGCUGGUGUGUCUGUCGGAACUAUCUUUGGCGUGUUCCGUCUCGCCGAUGAUAGCGAGGGAAAACCGGAGGAGGUCUGCCAGCCCGGCACAGAGCUCGUGGCGAGCGGCUUCACCAUGUAUGGUGCCUCGGCGCAGUUGGUGCUUACCAUGAAGGGCGGCAAUGUCAAUGGCUUCACCCUUGACAAUGCUCUGGGAGAGUUCAUCCUCACGCAUCCUAACAUGCGGAUACCCAGGUCCCGCUCCAUCUAUUCCGUCAACGAGGGAAACAGCGUGUACUGGGACGAUGCCUGCCGCGCAUACUUCGACAGCAUCAAGUUCCCAAGCACUCCCGAGGGAAAGCCCUACUCUUCUCGUUACAUCGGAUCCAUGGUGGCCGAUGCCUACCGUACCCUCUGCUACGGUGGAAUCUUUGCCUACCCCGCCGAUAAGAAGUCCAAGAAGGGAAAGCUGAGGAUUCUCUACGAGUGUGCCCCGAUGGCUAUGGUUAUGGAGAAUGCUGGUGGUCUGGCCGUCACGAGCGAUCAGAAGCGCAUGCUUGAGGUUGUGCCCGAGCACAUCCACGACCGGUCGGGAAUUUUCAUGGGAUCGUACGAUGAGGUUAAGAAGGUCACUGAGAUUUACGCUAAGUAUGGUACCGUCACCAAAUAAGUUUCGGCUUGAGGAGGGGAUAUGGAGGGAAGAAUGAUCGGUCUUGAGUUUUCGGUUGUUGGUGUUCAGGGUGUAUUUUAUUGAUUGAUGUUUAUGGCAAACAAUUUGAUGGCCUGGUUAUUUAUCAUGUCUCGCUGCUCCCGCCUAUUGUGCCCGAGUAGUUUCAGGGGGGGUGGUUAUCAAUUUUAUUUUGCAUACAGCCUGUCUAUG